CCGUGACGUCGCAGGCUUUUCUCCUCUCCCGUCUCUCUCAAACUUCCGGCGUAAGCAGGCAGGGGCGACGCGUCGGCUGCUUCCAAGCCUCGACCAAAUCGUGUUCCGUAGCGCUCAUGGUAGCGUGUGCCACCAUUGUUGUCCAACUCGACGAAGCUUCUCCAAUCUUGGUCGUGAAAGCCACAUAGGAUUACGAUCAUUGGACGACGACGAGGAACGCACAACAGGUAAGCUGGCCUGUGCAGUGGUGAGAGUGCAAGGGAACCCUCUCUGGGAUCAGAGGCGGGACCCGGCCGUGGCAUGGGCCGAGCAGCCAGCGGCUCCACUCGGUGGUGGCAUGUGGGCUGGCCAGCCUAGCGCGGGCGGCCCGCCCCGCUGCUGGGACGGUGCCGGGGGCGCCGCAUCCACGGUCGGCGUCGUAGACGCCCUCAAAGCCCCACAAGGAGGACUUCAACCUCCCCCCGGAGGGCCACCUGGCGGCCCCACUGGAUGCGUUCCAGAAGCCCUCUAUCAGGGUCCCGGCGGUUGCGGUGGCUUUGAGGACGGGCCAGCGGCCAGGUGCUGCGCGGGUUGCGGCGCCAAGAUCCUGGACCGUUUCCUCUUGCACGCCCUCGACCGAUACUGGCACAACGGCUGCCUCAAGUGCUCCUGCUGCCAGGCAACCCUGGCGGACAUUGGCAGUUCCUGCUUCACCAAGCACGGCAUGAUACUCUGCAGGAACGACUACAUAAGGUUGUUCGGCAACUCCGGAGCUUGCAGCGGCUGCGGCCAGAUGAUCCCUGCCAACGACUACGUGAUGCGGGCAGCGCAGAACGUCUACCACGUCAAGUGCUUCGCCUGUGUCAAGUGCCACAGCCAGCUGGUCCCGGGCGACCGUUACAACCUCGUCAACGGCAGUGUGCUCUGCGAGCAGGACUGUCUGAAAAUGCUCAAGGGCUCGCCGGCCACUGUGCGAAAGGGGAAAGUCCGGGCAGCCAUUAAAGUCUGAUACGUCAGACGAGGAACUCUCACGUCACAUCAUCGUCCCUCGAGGCAAUAACGAGCCAAGCUCGAACAUUGUGUCCCGCCGCAAGUUUUUUCUGUCGCCCCCCGUGGAGAUCAUAUGCAAGGAAUGAUGCGAAAGGACUCCGUUGUGUGAAGCUGCUAUGCAAAGGAUAAGUUUCUCUUCUGUUGCGAUGCUCAGCGACUCGAAAGGCUCUGGUUGAAUGACGUGUUAUAAAGACGGGGAUGAGAAGUUCGGAUGCGUCGCCUGUUUUUUUUUUCUUUUUUUUUUAUUACCAUUAUUAUUAUGCAGUGUUUUGGAAAAGAAGGUGUGAACGUCGAACAUUCCAAAGAAGACUUGCUUUGCCAUUUUUGCUUUGGAUGUUUCGUUUGCUGUUAGCAUAUUGUGUCGGUUGUGAGAGAAGUUGUAAAGAUAACUUUUCCAGUAAACGCAAUAACCGUGCAGGUAACUCCUAUUAAGAAGCUGAAACAUGAAAUCCAGCUGGAAGCAAAAAAAAAAAAAAGUUUAAAUAGCCGAGAACACGCUAUACGAAAAACCGGAGUAGAAUAUUUUCAAUAUAUUUAAAAACGACGCGUUUUAUCCUACGAGCUUCGUCUUUUGUCGGUCAUUUGUAUUCGUCUGUAUCAGACGGACUAGAUCCAGAACGUUAUUGAAAACUGCGUCUUGUUGGAUUUGGGUAUGGAUUUCGGCGACUUCUUAUGUCUCGUGUUGGAUUUGGGUAUGGAUUGUCUCGGAUUCGUACGUAUUAUGAUUUCCCUGCGCUGCUUCGUUUCCGUGUUCGCCAUUUAUUCCGAAAUCUACGGCCUUAGAAGCGCAGAGAGAUGGAACAAAACAUUCAACUCUUAUUGCAGCUUCGAGUUAUGUCUCACACCUUCGUUUCUGACGGAUACCUUAAAGUACUUAAAACACGUUAAACGACGCAGAAGACGGUGACAUGUCUUUGCUGACCUUAACGGCGAAAUCCCGGCGUGCAGAAACGGUCACGUGACUGCGGCGUCGUUUCGAGUGGCUCCGACGGACGACAGAAAAUGUUACAUAAAGGAACGACAAUGGGGGGAAAAAAAAGGCGGUGGCGCGUCCCUCCUUCGCUCUUUCUCUUUCUCUCUCCCACGAGAUGAUAAAUAAUGAAAGCGUACACAAAAUGCGUGUGCUCACGUGAUCACAGAACCCUCUCGCGAAUUUCCACUUUCCACUGUGCUUCUUCUCAUCACGUGAUUCAGUUCCGUGACCCGGCUUUUCUUUCCUCUCUUUUUCUUUCUUUUUUCAUCAUUGUUUAAACGACCACAGUCACCCUUAUGUUAUAUUUUUCAUCGUGGAUAUUGUUUUGAACGCUAUUAUUAUUAUUACUGCGAUUAUUAUUAUUAUUAUUGUGUAACGGUUAUUGUAUCUCUCCUUUUUUUUAUAAUUUGAAUCUCGAUGCUCUACCUGCCAGCAGAACUCCUAUGUUUCGGACCAAACGUUUAAUGUCGCCCACUUAUGCUGUCGAUAUGCAUAUAAAAGGUAUAUAUACAUUUUAUUUGACGAAUAAAAAGGUUUCAACUGCUGUG